AUGCAUCCGUUCCAGAGUCUGGUGUUGGUGCUAGUCAAGCUCGCACUGGUCGAUCAGGUGACGGCGAGUCAAGCGGCUUCGGAAGCGUCGGGGUCUUCAGCGUCGAUAAUUGACACGAACGAUGUAUCAGAGACCGCAGUGGCUAGCCACGUCAGUGGCGUCUUCAGUGCAGUCGCCGUUGGACUCCUUGCUCUGCUGGCCUAUCUCGCUUUACUGAGCUACUCUGUAUUGCGGAGACGGCAGAACACUCGAUAUCAAUACGGCUCCGAUCCGGACAAGAAACAGCACGCCACCGUCUACAUCAUCCACUCAACUCCAAAACACCCAAGCUCUUUGCAGUAG